AUGCCUCCACCACGCCCCCUUCCACUCCUUGGCCCACGGGAAGCUGGCCUUCUUGACGCACUCGCCCAUGCGCCUUCCGUCCACGACGCGCUCAACGCGCUCGAUGAAUAUGCCUGGCGUGCCCUUGCAGGUGGUACACGCGUUCGCGACCUCUGUGCAGCCGCCAACCGGGCGGUUCACUCGGCACCCCCAAGCUGUGUCCGCUUAGCACUCAACAACGUCGCUACCGGCCUGCUCUUCCCCUUUGCCCUCCCUGCCAACGCGCCCACAGCCGACGCAGCAGCAUACUCCCUCCCGCCCAGCACCCUUGCGCACCUCUCACGCCGACAACUCGUCGACGCCCUCUCCCGCAUCGCUCGCGAGCGCGAAGAUGGCACCACCGAAGCUCGAGUCCUCGAGCUCGUCCUCGAGUACGUCGGCCGUCGCUGGCGCUCGGGCGACGCCGACGUCAUCGAGUCCAUUGCCAGGAAACUCGUCGAAGUCGAAGCAGAAGUCCAAGUCCACUGCGACACCCGGUCCGUGCUCCCCACCCUUCAAGCGUUCCGCUUCAGGCUUGGCCUCGUUUCGGAGCAGCACCUCGUGGCCAGACUCAAUGUUGGCCCAGCAGCCUUUGGUCGUCCCUUUGUGGCUACCGACCUCAUUUCAGUCUGGGCGACGCGUCGCCUGUGCGCGGGCAUGAACCCUGCUGACCUCGCUACCGAGCUUCACUUGAUGUGUGAGCACCUCGUACUUGAACCCCACCGCGACGCCGUGGACAAAGUUUUGGCAUCUCUUGCACUCAACAGUCGUUCUCUUUACACAUUGUUCGAGUCUGCACCUCGUCCACGCACUCGGACUCUCUCGCGUCUCUCGUUCCACUCCAGCAAGCGCAAGACCUUGUCCACUCCUCCUUGGUCUCUCCACCGCGACCUGAGCGUGUCCAAGCUGCAGCCGCACAGCAACACCAACCUCGACAACAACCAGCGCCGUCCCUCGUUGCCAACACACCUGGCGCCCGCCGAGUCACCAAGGCAACGCUUGGGGUCACCGCUGGCAGCUGGCGCACGCACCCCGUCCAGCGACUCUUCGGCCUCGCCAUGCACCACACCCACUGCCACUGGAGCGUCAACACCUCGUCUCGGCACUUUGGGUGCUCUUGGAAUGAGCCUUACCAGCUUGUCCACUACGACUUUUAGCCACCUGGGCAUGAAGACCAACACCAUGUCCACCAACGCUCUCGGCCUCGCCGAUGCUGGUGAUGUCCGCAGCGCAGUGGUCGACCACCUGCUCGGUCUCCGCUACCGUCUCGGUGCCGAUGCCGACGGGUGGUGGCUCGGCGGUGGCAAGGACAAGGCUGCCGACUUUCUCCACAGCCUCGAGUCCAAGGGCGAGAUGAAGGAGAUGGUCGCCGACUUGCGCCGCGUGUUUGGUAUCGCUGGUCCUGUGCCUCCUCCAAAGACCCCUCCAAAGGCUACGUCACCCAUCGCAAUCACCUCGUCCAGGCAGGCGGGCCCCUCUCACCAGCGUGACCAAUCGUUUGACCUGGACCAAUACCUCGACGACAUUGGCCCCCAAGGCGACGAGAACAGUCCGUCCCGCGCUCGCCAGGCAAGGGGUCAAUACCGCGCCUCGGUCGCGUCAAUGUCGACCAUUGCCAGCUCGUCGGCUUCUUCCACCGCCUCGUCGCCUCGCCGCCAGUCGGUUGUGGUCGACUUUACAAUUGAAAAGGCCACUCGUCUGCCUGUCCCGCUCACGGCCGUCCAGUACCGGUUCCCGCAGGGUCAGGACGAUGACGCCUCGGUUUACUCUCACGACAGCACACUCGAGGACCUCCCCACAUUCUCGCGCAUCUCAUCAAAAUCCAUGCCCAACGUGCGGGACACGUACACCCAGUUUCCUUCUCCUAGCCCACGACGUCUGCGCCGACUGACCCAAGAGGACUCUGUCACCACCGCCACACCCGUCAAGGGCAGCAACACCAACAACAGGCAACCCGGAACCGAGUUUCCCUCUCACAUUACUCCUCCACUGUCGCCUGCAGAGUCGGACUAUGACUCCUUCACCGGCGGCGAGUCCAUGUCGUCGCCCACGAUCUCGGACCAGAGCCACCAGAUCACGCUCACGUCCUCGCCUGGCAGUGGCAGUGAGGAGCUUGGUCGCUCUCGCCGUGCCAUGUUCCGCAACUGCGUCAUUGUCGACGGCGCCCAGCUCAGCCCUUGUGGCGACCGCUUCCCAGACCAAACGGACGGUACUCCACUCACCGCUGUUCUCUCGCUCUUUACGUCGGAUGAGCUACCCAAGCACCCAGAAGACGUCGAGCAGCUGCUCACCAUGGCCGUCGACCUCGAGGCCCAGCGAUCCAUUUCACGUGGCGAGGCGUUUGACGCCGAGGCGCGUGCGCGCGUCGCUUGGCUCCUGGAGCAGGUCGCCCGAGAGCCAGAACUGAUUGCCGCCGUCGGCCGUGUUUUACAACGUCUUUCGGGCGACAGCCUCCUGACUCCCAAGACGCCCGAGGUCGUUCGCAACGGCGUGCCGAACCGCUCACCUCGCGGCCGCCGCGACCUCACCAUCACUGUGCCGCCUCGCAGGCCACCACCUGGACUGGCGCUCUCGAACCCUUCGUCUCCAGCCCCUUCUACAGGUCACACCCUCGUCUUUCCUCAGUCACGCUUCUCGCUCGACUCACUCUCAAGUACGAGUUCCUUUGGCACCUUUGGUUUCGACAAGCGACGUCUUGUGCCUCGCGCACAGUCUGAAGAGGACCACGAGAAUGACGUCCCCACUCCGAGACCGUCACCUCCGCCAAAGGAUGCACCUUGGUCUCGCGCUGCUGAGACGUGCACCCAGAGCCUGUCGCGCCGCGACGCCAUUGUGCGGCGCUCACCCCAGCCCCAGGCGCCUGCUACCCCCGAGUCGCCGGCAAUGCCGCUGUACCACACCCCACAGGUGCAGUUCCCCAUCCCAUCACCCGCACCGGGACCCAGUGCCCGCGACUCCACCGUCCGCGGCACCGCACCUCUCAACAUCAACCCUGCCCUCCUCCGUGGCCCUACGGCGCCGCUCAACAUCACCCCGCGUACCACGCCUCGUACCACCCCUCGCUCCACUCCGCACACGACACCGCGUACUGUCAUCCGCGACUUUCCCUCCAUCAACGCCCUGUAA